ACAGGAUUUUACACAGCUACUCAGGAGAAACGAAAUGAUCUGCCCUGGAGCCGCAGCAAAAUGCUGGAUGGACACCUACUCCUGGGAUGGUUAUCAUUCACAGUUAUAGUGCAUCUUCUCCACUUGCCUGGACCAGCCGCAGCAUAUUUCGGGUUGACAGGUAAUGAACCAUUGUCUAUCCUGCCACUGAACUCUCUACCAGAGGAGAGCAUGGGCAGGGCCCACUACAAGCUGUGCGACCGGCUCAAACUGGAAAAGAAGCAGCGCAGGAUGUGCAGACGAGACCCGGGCGUGGCGGAGACCUUGAGAGAGGCCAUCACCAUGAGCGCCCUAGAAUGCCAGUAUCAAUUCCGCUUUGAGAGGUGGAACUGCACCUUAGAGGGGCGCCACCGUGCCAAUAUACUAAAGAGAGGAUUUAAAGAGACAGGCUUCCUGUAUGCUAUCUCCUCAGCGGGUCUAACCCAUGCGAUGGCCAAAGCUUGCAGCGCAGGACGCAUGGAGCGCUGCACGUGUGAUGAGGCCCCGGACUUGGAAAACCGCAAGGCAUGGCAGUGGGGGGGCUGCGGAGACAACCUUAAAUACGCCAACAAGUUUGUCAAGGACUUCCUUGGCAAACGCUCCAAUAAGGACCUGCGUGCACGCGUGGACAUGCAUAACACAAAUGUGGGCAUGAAGGUAAUCAAGGCUGGAGUGGAGACCACCUGCAAAUGCCACGGCGUCUCUGGCUCCUGCACCGUCCAGACCUGCUGGCGACAGCUCCUGCCCUUCCACGAGAUCGGCAAGCAGCUGAAGCAGCGCUACGAGACGUCUGUCAAAGUUGGCAGCUCCACCAACGAGGCCACAGGGGAGGGAGAGAUCUCCACAGGACGGAGCCAGCAGCAGCAGCAGCAGCAACAGCAGCAGCAACAACAGCAGCAGCAGCAGCAGCCACAGCAGCAGCAGCAGCAGCAGCCACAGCAGCAGCCGCAGCAGCCCCUGCCCCUGCCUGGCCUAAACGAUCAGAUCCCUCGCACUAUGGACCUGCUCCACAUCGAGGACUCGCCCAGUUUCUGUAGACCCAGCAAGUACUCGUCGGGUACAGCAGCCCGCAAGUGCUACAAGGAUAAGAACUGCGAAGCAAUCUGCUGCGGGCGAGGCCACAACACUCAAAGUAGGGAGGUGACCAGGCCCUGCCAGUGCCAGGUGCGCUGGUGCUGCUACGUCGAAUGCAAGCAGUGCACACAGAGAGAAGAAGUGUAUACCUGCAAAGGGUAAACCAGUAGCCUGUCAGUCCCAGUGGAGCAAGUCAGAGAUGGUCACAUUGAAGAGGAGUGUUUGUUUUGUUCUCAAACAAGGUUUUGCUUCCACUGUCAGAACAGUGUCCGAACAAACAAAUAGGAGCGAGCCGAUGGAGAAGCAAUAAGCACUUUGAGGGAUUUCUGUGGGUUGGGGUUCAGAGGUCCUGUGUCCCCUGUGUCUGGGGUUUGCAAAAUUAAAAACCUCCUCAGACAACUGGGUCAACAUCUCAAGCUUUUUGUCACGGUGUUGCCUUGAAGAGAUAUAGCUUUUAUUUUCCUAAUAAAAAAAAUCCAUUGCAAUUUCACUCGAGAAAACAGACUGAAAAAAUACAAAGUAGCAAUCCAGUUCAAGGACAGUAACACCAACAGACUUAUUCCUGGGGCCCAGUCCCAAGAAGAAUGGUGUGUAUGUGUGUCUGUGUGUUUGUCAAUUUUUACAUUUGUGUGUAUGUGAGCAUGUGAUAGAUAACAAAAGGGGUGGGGGGUUGGAAUGACGACUUUUAUGGCAAUGAAAACCAUAUUCAGAGACUGCGAAAAGAAGACAGGGUGUAAGAUGUACUCUACACGCACAUAUCUACACUAACACAUAUUUUGUGUUUGCAUAUGUAUGUACAUAAAUUCAGUUUUAUUAUACAAGCCACUUAUCUAACUAUGUUAAAACAAACCACUAACCACACAAAUGUAUGUUGUUUGUGUGCUUUCACUCGUUUUUAUUUUCUUGAUUCAUGUUGACAAGGCCCUUUGGAAAGCAGCACACCUCUGUUUUCUUGCUGUGGAUAAUUUAUAGAUCCUUUGGGACUACUCCUUCACAGGGAGAAUAAGAAAAAUCUAUUUUUUUGUAAAAUAAUAUGAAGUUGUUAGUAAAUUCAUUAAAAGAAAAAAACUAAACCAGCCAGUUUAGGCUAAUCUUGGCCUUGAGCAAACCAGUGUCCAGGGAAUUACUUAAACCACUAUGACUAUUUGGAUAAAAUAGAGAGAAAUAGUGCAAAUACGAACAAUUUCCAAGUUGGAGAUGACAAUGGCCUUCUUAUUAUAGCCAACACCAUUGCAGCAGGUGAUCACUUGACCAGCGAGCGGUCCAUGUGUGACUUAGAUCAAAAGUUGUGGAGCUCUGCAGAGCUUAAAUCUACUUAAAAGGACUUUUUUUUUUUUGUGUUAAACUUUGAAUACUUUGAAGUUGUAAAGAAAACUGUGGAAAACUGGAGGAAUGUAGCCCCCCUCCCAUUUCACAUCCUUCUUUCUUCUUUAGCUGCCACAGAUUGAUUGAGCCAUAUUCAACAUGUAGAUGUGUCGUAUGUACAGCAGGACCUGCUCGGGCCAGUCCAAACAGUAUGGGGCAAAUGCAGAAUUGCUCAACACAAUACUGAACCAUGUCGUGCAACUACAGAGACAUUUCAAAGUUGAUAUGUUGGCAAACAAACUUGUGUCUUUCUUACUAUGUUAGAUGAUUGAUACCACUUUCAUGUCUGCUUGGUGAAUAUAAAGCUAUAGGUAGCAGCCAGUUAGCUUAGUUUAACAUUAAGGAACAUAGAAAAAACAACCCAUACACAUGAAAAGACAUAUGGCUGUUGCAAACGAUGUAAUUCUCACCGCCCACAUACUUCCAUGCGUCCUAUACAUUGGCAUGGUUAUUUAGCAAUACAUCCACUAGAGGGCAAUGCAGAGUCGAGUUUAGCACAACAACAACAAGCAUGUCGCAGGUGGAGGAGGUUGUGAUAAUAUACAUUUAUACUGUUCUUCCCUCUGCAUACGCCAUAGUUUCGUACCAACUCGCAAAUUCCCUUCUAAAAAAGUUCUGCCAUUGUGAAAAUGUCUUUCUGUGUAAUGCUCAUCUUGUUUAAACUAUUGGCUGCAGAAGCCUUUGUCUGUACUCAUAUAUGAAUCUACAUUGAGCAUAACUGAGCCUUAUAAGGCAAUGUCCUGUAAAACUACAACGUAUUACUUAAGUUUAGUUUAUUUACAAUUUAAACAAAUGUGUGAGCUCUACAAGAUGUUUCCCGCCAUUUCCACUCUUUAUGCUAGGCUAAGCUAACUGGCUGCUAGCUGUAUUUUCAUAAUAACCUGACGAAUGCAAUAGUGGCACUUCUUUUUCAUAUAAAUCUUAGGAACAAAGGAAAUAGGAUUAUUUCCCCCAAAGUUUCCAAGAAUUACAAAGACAUUACCAUCAAGUCGAAGGUUUAAUUUUUACCAGAAAGGCCUCUGUACUCACAAAUGCUGACAAUGUUUCAUUAUUUUCUCAGAAAAUGAUGUUAUAUGCUAUAAGAUAUAGGACCUUAGAUGCCUUGUUUUCAAUGGGUGUGAAUUAACUACUGAGUGAGGGACCCAGCUUUGUAUUAUAGCGCCAUUCACGCACUGAAGCCCUUUUAAAGUAUUUAAAGGUCUGUAUUUAUAGAUACAGUGCAGUGCAGAAUUGUUUUUUGGAAAUUGUAAAUAAAAAAAGUUUUUUUCUCCUGUGGUAUAGAGACAAAAGUGAGGCACAUGUUCAUCUCUCACAAGCAAUUGAAACAGAAAUUGAGAAACUUCAGGGCAAGGCUCUGUGACAAGAAGUUUACAGAUUGUACAGCAAUCUAGCAUCAUGCCAAACAUCCUUAAAAAUGACUAAACAGAUGGUUUAGUGUUUAAAGAUGAUUAUCACGAUAUCUGAAAUCAAACCAUCAUCCCCUACGGCAAAAUAAUGCUUCAGGAAACAAGCCUCGCUUGGCUUAUUUGUCCUGAAGAGGUGAAUUCCAAGCAUUUUGAUAUGAGGAGGCAUGCCAAAUAAAGACUGGUCAAAACAUAUACAUAGAACUUUGCACGCUAAAUGGAAACCAUAAUAGCUAUGCUGAGGCUCGAAGCAUAAAUGCCUGCUUCCCACAGCUUCUGGUGUGUGCACUCUCCACAUGCACGCACACACACACACACACACACACACACACACACACACACACACACACACACACACACACAGACUCCUCACUCUACUAUUGAAUGGAUUCAAAACAGGCAUGACAGGAAUACCAAUUGCACACUGAGUGCAUUUUUGUUUGUUUAUAGAUUGUACAUAGGACAAAUUUCUCCUGGGGAGCAUGAUGCAGCAGCCAGUUGGUUUUUAGUCGUCACAGUCGUCCAUAUUCUCAAAUCCAAAACUCUGCACUGUUUAGUCGUCAGUGGAUCAUGUACAAAAUUCUAUUUUGUAGAGAAAAAAAAAAAAGAUAAAUUAUUUUUAAAUAUAUUAUGAGCAUGUGUUUAGUGUAAAUAACGUCAAAGUCUAAAUUGAUUUUAUAUCCUGUAUUUUUUACUCUGUUUUCCUUUUGGGUGUUUGUUCUUUUUGGGGUGGAGGCUUCAAGAAGCAGUGUAACUUUGAACAUAUUUCCUUUCAUAUCUCAACGUUUGCUGUUAUCUAAGCACUAACAAAUCCUGACAAAUUCACAAUCAACUCCCCUCAAGUUUUCUUUCAUUCACACAAUCAUGAGACAUUACUGUAAGUAUUCAAACUAAUUCACACUCACCAACAAUAUUUUAUUUUGUGAGAAGACUGGCUCUGUAAUGUUGGCCAUGUCAUAUAGCAUCACCUGAUCAUGUUGACGAUCACAUCAGUGUGGACUGGUUUAUACUCACCUUUGGAUCCCUUUACGUGUACAUGUACUUUUUGUUAGGAUUUGUGCUGUGCUGGUAAAGGAAAGAUACAAACACAGGUAUCACCCUUCGUGGUGAUACUACACCAACAAAGCUUUGUCCAUGUUCACUUAUUCAUGUCUUAUGGGAACCCUAAAUUAUUUUCCUCUACCUCAUGUGUAUAGCUUGUAGGUAUAAACAGAUCACAAAUGACUGGUAAGAAUGUAUUUAAGUUAUUUAACAUCUUUGUAUAACAAAGGCGAAAAAUCUCUGAAAUAAUAAAUGAAUUUUUAAAUUA